UUGUAGCAUUGGCAAGUGAAAGUUAAAAAAAAAAAGCAAAGCACUGAAAGUUGUUAUGGAUAGGUUAACUCAAUUGCCAGAUGAUUUACUCAUCAAGAUACUGUCCUUUGUCCCGACCAAAGGUGUCGUGGCUACGAGCAUUUUGUCUAAACGAUGGCUGCCUCUUUGGACACUGGUGCCAAGUCUUGUCUUUGAGGAUUUCUCAGAGGAGGAAGAUGAAGAGAUUAAUGAAAUCCAUGUCAGAAGCCUGUCGCAGUUUGUGUCAGGGACUUUGCUAUUACACAAAGCAACUGUCCUAGAAAGGUUUCAUCUCAACAGCGCGUCAGAAUGUAGCGCUUGGGAGAUUGGUUUAUGGGUUAAAAUCGCAGUCGAUCGCUUUGUGCGUGACUUGAAAAUAAGUUUUUGUUAUGAUCAUUUUCUUGUUAACUUGCCGAGUAGGUUGUUUAGAUGCGAGACACUUGAGACUUUACAACUCCGUAUGGUGAUUCUCUCGGGAGUUCCUUGUCGGUUAAGCUUUCCAUCCCUCACGAAGUUGCGCCUUCUAUCUGUCAAGUACUCAGACGAUGAAUCUUUCUCUAGGCUUGUUUCAAACUGUCCCAUCCUUGAAGAUUUAGUUGUAGAGACUUGUCACGGAGACAAUGUGGCAACUUUCACCGUGAACUUGCCUUCCUUACAGAGUUUAUCCGUUAGGAAUACGGUACGAGAGUCCCCACCUGACGAUCAUUUGUUCGUGAUACAUUCCCAGUCUUUGAAGCAGUUGAACAUUGUGGACUACUUUGGUGAACUUAAACUAAUCGGUAAUCUUCCGAAACUUGUCGAGGCAAAUCUUCAAUCUAUGUCCUACCACACCAAUGUUCUGGAGUCUUUUACCUUUGUCAGGCGUCUUUAUGUAUGCUUAGAUGGAGAGGCUCAGUAUCCUCGUGGUACAGUUUUGUUUCAGCUAGUGCGUUUGGAGCUAUGUUCAUGUAUAGAUAGCUGGACGGAUAUGCUUGUGAGUCUGCUCCAACAUUCUCCUAAACUACAAGCUCUCAAGCUUGUCCUGAAGCAUUGGAUUCUUGUGGAUCGUAAGGUUCGUUGGAUGCAACCGAGGCGUGUUCCUGAAUGUUUGUUGUUACAUCUCAAAACUUUUGAGUGGAGUGACUAUGAAGGCACAAAAGUUGAGAAAGAAGUGGCGAUUUAUAUUUUGAAGAAUGCGAAGCUGUUAGUGAGUGCAACUAUCUAUCCUUUCUCAGUUAGCAUGGUGCGCAAACACCAGAUGUUUAAGGAACUGGAAAUUGCGACCAGGAGUUUAAGAGCAUGUGAGCUUACAAUGGGCUGAAAACUAAUCUUACCAAAGAGUUGAAAACUGUCCAAUUAAGUUUGAACGUGAAAUUAUAUCAGAAGUUGUGAUAGCUUAUUUUUAUCAUUGAUCUGUAUCUUGUGACUGAGUAGGAAACCAAAAACAAUUAUAAUCCACUUUGCCAUGGUUGAUCCCAGUUUUUUCUCGCAAAUCCAUUUAAGGUAAAGAAGAAGAAGAAGCCCAGUUUAAGACUAUUUUCGGUUAGGCGCAAACCCACUAAGACAGAGAAAGUGUUUUGUUUUGUCACUCUUGACCGAAUAGGCAUGGAAGACACGAGAAGCAGUAUAAAAGAUGAGGCUUGGGGACGUAACCAAUCAUGCCUUUCGGCCUCUUGGCUAAGAUCACGUGUAGACUGUGUAGUAUUUAUUUUUAUCAUUUUAAUAUCUUGUAAGUAAUCAAUCAUGCCUUUCGGCCUCUUGGCUAAGAUCAAGUGUAGACUGUGUAGCCCAUGCGUUACUAUUGCAGGGGACUAACUCAUCCUUCUUUGAAAUUCUUAAUAUGAAACCUUCCAUUUUUACACUCCAGCUCCUAUAACCUGAAGAAAUACUAUAGAACACAAAAAGAUUCAAAAUGAUCAGAAUACAUAAUAAAAACUAAUAAAUCCUAAUUAAAAACCGAACUAAAAACCGAUAUAAAUGGCACUCAUCAAUGGACAAAUUUAUACUAAUUCUCCGGUUUGUUUUCCCCGAAAGUUUUGCACCUCACGCAAGUAAAGUACCCGUGCAAAACAGUAAAGUAUUAUGAUAAGACAUGCACCUUUUAUUUAUAUAUAUUAUCGAUAAUUAUUUUUAUAUAUUUGAUCAUUUUAUUUAUACAUAUACAAUAUUUUUUGUUAAAUUCACGAAGACGUUAAAUUCUUGGAUAGGAUCAGUCAUUUACCUGACGAUUUGCUCUUACUAAUCCUCUCAUUAGUCCCCAUAACCAAUGCAGUGAAUACAAGCAUACUCUCUAAACGAUGGAAAUCUCUGUGGAGGAUGAUGCAAGUGCUUGAGUACGAUGCAAACUCUCGUCCUAAAAUUAGUUCCUGUACCUUUGAAAAUUUUUUUAGGAGAUCACUGAAAUUACAUGAAGCUCCAGUUCUCCAAACCCUAACCCUUAAACUGAGGGAACAACACUCGAGUUCUCUUAAAUUCCCAAGUAGUUUCCCAAAUACAGUCUUCCGAAAACUCGUGGUCCUGAAACUCCACACGAUCCAAUGCCAUGGUUUUACAGAUGAGUCCCCGGUUUGCUUCCGGUCCAUGAAAAGUCUUCACCUCACAAAGGUGAGGUUCCUUGACCAUGAAGCUUUCUGCACGCUUAUGUCUUCUUGUCCUGUUCUUAACGAUCUCUUCUUAGAUAGCGUUACCACUGAUCCCCGCUGCGGUUUCCAGUUUUAUCACCCUUGCUCUUCUUUAUUCACCAUAUCGGUCCCUUCUCUCGAGAGAUUGGAGAUAAAAGAUUAUACUUCGGUUCGCACUUAUCCUAGCAAUAAGUCUAGAUUCAAGAUAAAUGCUCCUUCUUUGAAGUACUUAGAGGUAUACAUCAACGGUAGCAAUUUCGAGUUUUAUAAGGAUCUGCACAACUUGGUGGAGGCUAGUCUCCUUGUUGAUGAUUCUCAAACUGACAAGCUUCUCAGAUUUCUUACUUCUGUGGAGUUUCUUUCCAUACAUUUAUAUCCUACCAAGGUAGUCUAAAUUUACAGGACCCUAAACAUUUUAUAGUAAAUUUUAAUAAAACGUUUCUUCUUACACUUGGGGGGUUAUAAGAUUUAUGUAUAAUAACUUUAUAAAAUUUGGAGGAAAAGAGGGAUGUUACAAAUUUGCUAUGUCUAAAACUUGCCAUGUAUCUCUCUCCUGUUUUAUUUAGAACACUUUUUUGGUAAUCCUUGUAAUGUUUUGGCGUUCAGGUUCUGCUUCUUGCGGAUACAAUUUCUCAGCGGCUUCGUCAUCUGAAACUAUCUACUUACGGAAAAAAUUCGCGUAAUCUGCUUCUGUAUUUGCUCAAACAUUGCCCUAAACUACAAGUUCUCAAGCUCCAGGAGAUACAUUGGACAACAAAAUGGCCUGGUUCUCCGCAUACGAGGUGUAAAGACGAAGAGUUCAAGGAUCCACCACCUUUGUUCUGUAAGCCGAGCUCGGUUCCUGAAUGCUUGUCCUUCAAUCUUAAAACUUUUGGAUGGAAAUGUUACAAAGGAAAAGAGGAAGAGAAAGAAAUCGUUCUUUACAUCCUGCAGAACGCUCCUUGUUUAAAAACCACUAAGAUCUCUGUAUAUUCACCAGGUCAUCGAUUCAGGGAGAAAGAGCUGCUGAGGAUCAAGGAGUUGGAAUCUGUGCCUAAAGCUUCAACUUCAUGUCAGCUUGUAAUUCGACUUACUAACAGUUCCUAGAAUCUUUGUUGUGAAUCUCACUCAGAAACUAUAUUUUUGUUGUGUGAGUCUAAGGAUGCAAUGUUCUUAUUUUAUGAAACUUAAUUUUACUUUAUUAUUGUUGGAAGUUCUUUUCCUCGUUGACAGAAAGAACACAGAUGAGCUUCUUUGGUUCUAAGAGAAUAUUGAGUUUUGUCUUGUGCAUUGUCUAUAGUACAUACCUUCAAACUGAUAUAGAGAGACCUUUUCUAAAUGAUUUUGUAACAACACUAGAAUAUUAUUAACAAACAAACAGAGGAAGAUUUAAUCAACUAUAGACUAUAGUUGCUGCAAAAGGUAUAAGAUACAUAUGACGAUGGACAACUCCCUCUUUCUUCCAAUUACUCUCAGGAAAAAACCUGUUUCCGAGUAGCCAGAAAGAUUAUCAAACUGUCUAUCUGUGAGUUGACAAACAGCUAGUAUUGGCUAACUCAUUAAGACAGAGAGAGUGUUUUGUUUUGUCAUAACUGUUUAAAAGUCCCACAUCGCUAACAGAAUAAACAUGAAAGGCAUGAGAAGUAGUAUAAAUAAUGAAGCCAGCAACUAAACAAAUCAUACCUUUCUCGGCCUUUUGGCUAAGAUCAAGUGUAGUAUCUGUUCUUAUCAGUUUAAUAUCUGAUACGUGGUCCAUCGGGCCACACGAUAUUAAAUCUAUUUUUUAAGGGAGAAAAUCCAUUAAGAUAGUUUGCUAUCUGGGCUUUCACGAGUCGUCCAUGCGUUGCACUACUGCAAGGGCCCGGCUCAACCCGCCAAAUUUUAGUUUAAAACGACUUGGCUAUGUUUUACUUACAAGAUUCCUCAGUGCAAUCUGAAGAUCUUAGUUAAUUCUGUUUCUUCUUGUACUUAUCAAGCUCUGCUUUGUUCUUAUCUAAAGAUGUUUACAUAUUCAGAUUGGAGCAGUCAGUUGUCUGAAGAUUUGCUAAGCUAUGCGAUGUCCACAAGUGACGAUGGAAAUCUCUGUUGAGAUGAUGCAGAAGCUUGAGACCACAAUCACAUCUUCUUCCGGUUCUUUUCAUUACACUCCUCUUAGAUUCUCUCUGCAUUUUAGGAGCAUAAAGGAGUUAGAAUCUAUGUCUAAGCCUUCAACCCCGUGUCAAAUUGUAAUUCAACUUUCAUAAUGUUUCUUAAAAAAACGUUAAUUUGGUA